GUAGGGAGCGAAUCAAAAAUUAAGAUCUACAUCGCGCCCGACGAAGAAACCUUCGGCGGUUGUUUCUUUCCUCCGACAGAACCUCACUCGAUCCUUCCAUCUUACGACAAAACCAAUCUCACACACAUCACUCCUCUCUCUCUAUCUCUCUCUCUCUCUCUCUCUCUCUCUCUCUCUAAUUGUUAAUUUGGGGGACGAAGCUGCGAUCCUUCACAGUUCAGUGAAGGGAUAAGGAAUUGAGAGAGAGAGAGAAAGAGAGAGAAGCAGUGGAUCAUCGCGUAAUGGCAUUCUGGGAAUUCGACUUCACCACUGCAUCGAUAGCUUUCUGCCUCGUUUUCGCCUCAGCCGCGGCCCAAUCCACCGCCAGGGACAUCCGCCCCUCCGAUCAUGGCCUCGGGUACCAGCAGGGCUCCCAGCCGGCCUCAGGGGAAGCUCCGCCUCCCGCGAUGAUGUCGUUCUUCGGAGCUUCUUCUUCUUCUCCGCCAUCCCCGGGCUGGGGCCUCCCUAACGCCUCCAGCUCGACCGAUUCCUCGUGGAUGAGCCCGGCCGACGGCGGUCGCAGAGCGAGGGUGAGGGAGAUCCUGCUGGUGACGAGCUUGGUCUGCGGAGUCACCGGCGUCGGGCUGCUGGUCGGUUCGGGUAUGUUCUUCCUGUUCAAGUUCCGGAAGGAAAGGAGGUCAACUCCGAAGUCAACGUCCCGUCCGCAGUCUCGGCCACCUCCCCCGGCGGCUGCUGUGGAUAAUUAGUUUCUAUUAAAUAAUAACUACUGAAUUUUCCGGUUAACGUUCUUUUUUUUUAAUGUACUUUUUUAAUUUUUUUUCUUUUGGGAAUUUCUUUACAUGUGAUGGGAAUUCAGUAAAGCAUUAGUUUAAUUAAAAGAGAGAUAGAUUAGAUAUGUUUGUAUAGGCGCAGAUGAUUCCACACUGUGUACCAAAGUUCAGAGAUUUUUUUUCUUUUUCAAUAAAAAAUUCGUAGAUUCUUUUUUUUUUCCUUGUAAUUGGGAAUAAUUGCUUAUUGUUAUUGUUCUGUC